AUGGACACCGACGAUAUCGACAAUAUGUUGAUUCGUCAACUGUCAUGUUUGGGAACCAGCGAUAAAGAGGUGCUGGUGAAACAAUUCCAAAGUAUUUUGGGAGACGUCAGCCUUUCUCCGGAACUGUGUGCUUUCUUCUUGGAUAUGUCGAAUUGGAAUCUUCAAGAUGCCGUAGGUGCUUACUAUGAUCAUGGACAUACAAAUAACGUCAAUGAAAUCGGUUUUGACCUACCACUACUCAACAUGCAACUUGUGAGAGAUGUAACGAUUGGUGAGGGUGAAUCUGUUCCUCCUAAGACGCGUUUUGUAAAGUCAUGGCGUGUCAAAAAUAACGGAGGGGUCCACUGGCCGCAGGGAACAGCAUUGUGCUUCGUUGAAGGAACACCAUUGUCAUCUGAGAUGCGAGUGCCAGUUGCAAGCCUUGGUCCUGGUGGAGAAGCUGAAUUAACGGUGGAGAUGAUCAGUCCAUCGACGCCAGGAAUUUAUCAGAGUCGUUGGCAGCUCAACACACCGCAGAGCGUACCGUUUGGAGGUAAUUUGUCGCUAAUUCUUUGUAUCAUGGGAAUUUCCGUUUUUUUUUUUUCUGGUGUUAGAAAUUGUCUUGAU